AUGUGCAUACUAGUCCACAGCAACGAGAUCGUGGACCGAGGCAUGAACGGUAUGCGACACGCUGAAUUCAUCGUCAUUGCCCAGAUGCUAGAGAGCUACCCCAGAUCUGCGCUCCAAGAAACAGAUCUCUACGUCACAAUUGAGCCGCGUAUUAUGUGUGCUUCGGCACUGGAGCAGUGCCAGAUUCGAAUUGUUUACUAUGGGUGUGCGAAUGAUCGCUUUGGCGGCAUUGGAAGGGGGAGGGGGUUAUUUCUUUACAUCAGAAUCGCUCGAUUGAUCCUCCUUUCCGGUUAUUAA